GUGAAAAAGAAUUAUGAAGCCCUCAAGCAAAGACAAGAGGAAGAGAAGAUGGUGCAGAGUUAUUCUUCAAAACUUGAUGAAGAAAGUCAGCCUGUCACUAAAUGGGAAAGAGAUAAUCAGGAAACUACUAGAGAACUUUUGAAGGUUAAAGAUAGAUUAAUUGAAGUUGAAAGAAAUAAUGCAACUCUGCAGGCAGAGAAGCAAGCCCUGAAAACACAACUAAAGCAACUUGAAACACAGAAUAAUAAUUUGCAAGCUCAGAUAACAGCACUUCAAAAACAGACUGUUUCCUUACAGGAGCAAAAUACAACCCUGCAAACUCAAAAUGCGAAACUUCAGGUGGAGAAUUCAGCAAUUAAUUCCCAAAGCACAUCACUUAUGAACCAGAAUGCACAGCUAUUGAUUCAACAAUCAACCUUAGAAAAUGAAAAUGAAUCCAUAAUAAAGGAACGGGAAGACUUGAGAUCAUUUUAUGAUUCUCUAAUCAAAGAUCAUGAAAAAUUGGAACAACUUCAUGAGCGGCAAGCAACUGAAUAUGAAUCUCUCAUUUCUAAGCAUGGAAACCUUAAAUCUGUACAUAAGAAUCUUGAAGUAGAACAUAAGGAUUUAGAAGACAGAUAUAGUCAAUUAUUUCAGCAAAAAGUACAAUUAGAGGAACUGGAAAAAGGCCUCAAAGUGGAGCAAGAAAAGAUGCUUCAGCAAAACAAGAAACAUGAAAUGGUAGUAGUGGAAUACAAAAAACUUUGUGAAGAAAAUGAUAG